CUCCUCGUCUCCGCCGCUUCAAUCCCAACCAUACCAACAACCUUAUGUUGUUUUGUGCCACCUUAUAACACAACACCACUGCACCAUACUCCCUCUUCCCUCAACUGAAGCAAUGGCGCUCUCAGCUUCUCUAACCAUGGUGAGACUGAUAUCCUCCCCCGCAGCCACUUCUCUCUCAGCCACAGCCCGUCUCGCACCAAAAACCCUCUCUUCAAAUUUCUUCUUCGCUGCCCCUCUCCGCCUCAGGCUCCGCCACCCACCUCUCAGGUGCGCUACCACUUCCGCCACCAAAACCCCCAUCACUGCCACCAUUUCUGUAGGCGACAAACUCCCUGAAUCCACCCUCUCCUACUUCGACCCUGCCGGAGAACUCCAAACCGUUACCAUCUCAGACCUCACCAAGGGCAAGAAAGCCAUCUUGUUCGCAGUUCCCGGAGCUUUCACUCCGACUUGUUCUCAGAAACACCUUCCUGGGUUCGUUGAGAAAUCCAGUGAAUUGAAGGCUAAGGGGGUCGAUACCAUCGCUUGCAUCUCGGUGAAUGACGCCUUUGUGAUGAAGGCUUGGAAGGAGAAUUUGAAGAUUGAGGAUGAGGUCUUGUUGCUCUCAGAUGGGAAUGGAGAUUUCACGAAGGCUAUUGGGGUUGAGCUUGACUUGAGUGAUAAGCCCAUUGGGUUGGGAGUACGUUCGAGGAGGUAUGCUAUUCUUGCGGAAGAUGGGGUUAUUAAGGUUUUGAAUUUGGAGGAGGGCGGUGCUUUCACGGUGAGCAGCGCUGAAGAUAUGCUUAAGGCUCUCUGAUUUUCGUCAGGUUGGGUUCUUUUAGUAGUUUUUUUCCUUUUUCCUCAUCUCCCCCACCCCUUUAUGUUCUGUACUUCGGGUAUUCUCUGAUAUUCAAAUUUAACUGGUCCUUGAACUGAGUUCUAAUGCCAUUCUCUUCAAUGUCUGGCUUUCUUUUUGUUUACGUUAUGCCUGUGUUAUCUAAAUUCAAUUCAGGAUAUGUCUUGAUAAUGUGAGCUUUCUUUAUAAUGCUGUAUACCCAGAAAAAUGAAACUGGAAUCGAAUUUAUUACUAUGUUGGUAAUGAGCUUGACUUGAGUCAAA